AUGCAGGUCUCACAAUACGGCCAGCGACUGGUAGAAGUCGAUGCCCCUGCAUCCCCCUUCAGACCAGGUCUCGAGGGCAGUGAGUGGAUGGAUCCAGGGCAGAACUGCCAGGCUGACCGUAUGGGACACUACCCCCCGGGGGCCUCAGUUCUAGCUGCCGAUAUGGAGAUGGAGAUGGACACCACUGCUACUCCUCCGGCUGAGAUCCGCACGAGUCAAAAGCGGGAAAAUACGGACGGUGCAGCCGACACUCGCGAGCUAAAACGUCAUCGCUCGAACCAACAGCUACUCUCCACUGGUGCUUACAUUCAUGUGUCACUGAAAUCAGUGUGCCGGGAUAAGCAUGUCUAUCAGAGCGGCUCGUCUCGUUCAAAUAUUUCACCAGACCAUGGCCGGAACCUACCACCACACCCCAGUACAGACAAUGUCACUUCUGAGGGUACAAGGGGUACAUAUUCCAAUGGUGGGAGUGCGCAAGCAGGAAGCUUCCAGGGCUUGAGGAAUACCGCUCAGACUUUAUCUCCAAUCCAAGCUCGCCUCUCAGCAUCAAUAGGAGGAAACCCACGCUUUGAUGGUGAUGACGCCUCCACGCAUAUUGUCUCUCUUCCUGGGCAACAGGGGCUCGGCUCUAAGACUUUGUUCUUACCCUCCAACUUCAGCCCUAGCGAGUGUGCAGUUGAUUCUUCCACACAAGCUUGUGACCGGAGGCUGCUUAGCCUAACACCACAAGUCUUCACUUCUAAUAGAAGUACCCGUACUCGUACCUGUACUUCGUCAAACUUACCGCUCUCGAAGUCACCCAAUGGUAGUUUGUUUCCCUCUCCACCUGAUGGAGGAGAGGAUCCAUCCUCGGAGAAGCCUGAAGCCACCGAGUCAGAACAAGAGCCAGAGCUAGACUCGAUUCUUUCCCGUCGAGGGAGGGAUCUAAGAAAAACAAACGGGGCUUUGCUCUCUCCGGAAGAGGAGAGUGACUCACCGAGCCAAGGGUGUGUCCAGGCUCACGAAUUCUCCUGUGCUUCAUCCGGCGAGGAACUUGGUCCACGCUACCCAAGAGCUCCAAGCCUGCCGUCCAGUACCAUUCCGAAUACCACUGGCCUCUUCCACUCAGAGACAACCAAUCUCUCGUCUUUCGGUCCUGGAAAACGUACUUGUGGUUUCUUUUCGAAAGACGCAAGCGUUACUGAAGGCUUUCAAGAUGGAGACCCUGACGUCCAGGAAGCCUCAGCUGGUGGUGGUUCUGCUGAAGAGAUCUCUGAGAUCGACACCAACGAUGACAAUUCCGAAGUAUCUGUUUGCGAAGGCAAUGCUACUAGCAGUAGCGUAUUCAAGGUUUCUUCUGCAAAAACAUUGUCCCUAGAGUCUCGCCGUCUUGGUCUCGCAAAGAACGUCGACUGUGGUAAUAAUGAUGGUGGUUCUGGGAAGAGUAGCGAAGUAAGUAACGGACCUGCUACUCAAGCAGACGAGGACCAGGAUAUCGCAGAUGGAGAAAUUGCUGAGUCUUCUGAAGAGACUGACGAUGCAGAUCUUGCUGCUCUUAUCCAAAAAAUUGGAAUAGGGCACUCAGACUCUGAAGGAUCUGAGAGCGACCCCAAUGCAGCGUCUUCUCUAAUUGCAUUUCGUUCUCGCGUAGAUGUUUGUUCGACCUCUGAAGACGAAGACCUCUCAGUUGCAGAAAUCGAUACUGACGACGAUGAUGAGGACGCGGAGGAAGGAGAGGUUGAGUAUCUUUCCGGAUUGGGUGAAUCAGAUUCAUCUGAAGAUGAGGAAACCGCGCUCGCGUCGGACAUGACGACUAAUAGCACUGUCUCUCCCACAACUAAUAUUCCUGGAAGACGUCGCUUCACAUCCGAAGAGCGAGAGCUUAUACGAAGAACUCGAGAGAUUGGAGCCUGUGUUCGUUGUCGAUUUCAAAAAAUCAAAUGCCAUCCCGAUCUCAACAACCCGACAGGAAAAUGCAAAACCUGCAAGCGAUUUUCGAAGACCUCACCGAAAACAAUCCAUCGCGUUCCUUGUCUUCGACUUCGAAUUACCGACAUUGUCCUCUAUCGAAGCGGUGGCUUGAACCUCACCCGCCGCUGGAAGAGCAUCGAAAUGCGAGAUAUCCCCGAUCGACUUGUUAUGUCGCCGCUUACGAUCGAAAUAUCCCAAGACCUUUGCGACAAGCCGUUCUUUAUCGAAGUCGUCCGGUUUGUACCUCGAGAGGGUGACGUCACGGCUCGAUAUUGGACUACAUACGUCUCGGGAAAGGAGACGACCCAGAAGAAAGAGCUGGAGCCAUACUGUUUGCUGAGUAUCCAUGACACGGCUGAUAAACUCCGUCAAUACAUCAUAGACAGCGCUCUUUCUUCCUUUCUUCACACUAUCCAGCUAGACUGCGAGUCGGAGCCGGAAAGCGGGUUGAUCAUGAAAACCUACCUCACAGUUAUGUCUCGAUACAUGACUCUUCAUAAAGAACAAUCCACGGGUAAAAAGCUCUCACAAGACGAAGAAAAAGAAGUAGGAAUAUUGGGAAACCUUUUUAUUUUAUGGUGCGCCAUUCAGCAUACAGUUGGAUCUCUCCACAUCAAUGGCAAGGAAACUUUGGGCAUGGCACCCGAGACCGUAGACGAGACUUACCCACUCUACGGCAAAGUAUCUGUCCCUCGCAUGAUUGUCGCCCAGUUCGACACGCUCAACUACAACGGUGUCCUCGAGAGGUACAAAGAAAAGCUACUCAAGGAUAUCGAUUGGCUCUUCAGCCAAGACAAGAGCCGUUGGUGGUUUACUAUUUAUCUCAUCGUCUUUGUACUUUUACGAGAAGCGAGCCGCAUGACUGCAGAUCGCUAUCGUCACGCGAGAGCCAACCAUGGAUCAAAGCUACGAUAUUCAAUACCUGCCUUUGUUGAGAGCCUUCACGAAAGCUGCAACAAUAUUCUCACGCAUUGGCACUACUACAACUGUAACAUUUGGCCGAAGCAUAGCUCCAUAGACAACAAAAGAGGUGACCAUUUCGAGAAUCUAGCAACUGAGCAAUUGAACCUCGUUCGACAAACUCGCAAAGCGCCCGAGGUCAAGAAACAUCUCUCAAUCUGGAAACAAUACAAAGCAGAAAACGGAAAAGUUGACAAAAUCACCCUGUCGCAAGAUGCAGGUUCCGUUCGCUACAUAGGUAAACAGGACAAGUUCGACUGGGACCACCCGCUUUACUGGGUAGCACAAAUGUUCGAGAAGGAUUGGUAUCCCCAUCCAACAUACCAGCAAGAGCCAUUACCCAAGAAGACACUCACGGCGGCUAUCGCUGUGGCUUGA